CCACGGCCCCUUCCAUUCGUAUAAGGAAUCUCUCCCCUCCUCGCCUUUUCCACCGUUCUCCGUUUCGCUCGCCCUGCGAUUCUACGGCUUUGUGCUAUCUUCUAGUGGGUCCCACCGAACCCACAGCUCUUCUUCUGCUCACGCUUUUUAAACAAGUUUCCUUUUUCCCCUUCGUAUUUUCCUGGUCCCUCCCUGCCGCUAUCGGCGAUCCCGUCCCGCCGCUGCCCGUCGGGACGUCGAUCUGCGGGAGGAUGGAAGCGCCGCUCGGGAAGCGGAAGGAGCGCGAGUAUUCAUCCACCUCAGAGCAGCAGCAGCAGAAGGCGCUGUUCCCGGCGCUGCCCGGGAAAACAGAGCUGCGCAAGCCGUUUCCCCUGUCUCGGUUCGCCGCCAAGCCUCCUAUGCCGCCCCCGCCGUCGCCCCAGGGCGGAAGCAGCAAGCUCCUCGCUGGGUACUUGGCGCACGAGUACCUCAGGUUCGGCACGCUCCUCGGGGAGAGGCCGGCCGCGCCGAGCCGGAAGGAGCCCGCCACGGCGCUCCCCGCGCCCACGCCCACGCCCGCACCCGAGCCGGCGAUGAGAUACGCCGAGGCGUCGAGGCUUCUGAUGGCGGGCGGUCCCCGGAUCCCCGGCAUCGUCAACCCGACGCAGCUCGGCCGCUGGCUCCGGAUAAAGGAGUGACAGGCGGCGGCGCGCAUUGGCCGGUGGUGCUCCGCUGCGCACCGCGCGCGCGGCCCCCGAGGCAGCCGUCCCGGCGAUGAACGGGAGGUUUUGGACAUAGCAAGCGGUGGUUAUGACUUUCCUCAGGUUUUUUAAUUGUAUUAUGUUCAGGUACUACUAGCAAUUUCCAUUUAGUUCAUGUAGAUUUGAAUGAGAAACUGGAGGCAUUAGCUUUUGACGUGUUGUUAUACUGUUCGUGCAAUGUCAAACUAUCUGUCUGAAUUCGCUGUAUCAGAAAAUGUCGGGACAGAUCGACGAAUCGAUGUAGAGUUUGCAGUGAUAUCCGGCUACGUGUUAUACGAUCAACGGAUUUAUUAUGCGUU